GACAGAUUUCGGAGUAAAUUUUAAAUUCGGAGAAAUUUUUAGUCCUUCAUACACCAACAGUAUAGGUGUAAUAAACAGAAAUAACCUUCCUGAAAUACUACUUUAAUAAUUCAAUGGCAUUAUUCACAUGUACAGAUACAAACAAAGACAACAGCAGAGAUGCAGAUACUUUAUUCGUGACAGUUUCCUUCGUGUUGUGUUAACCAACUCAACUCAACUUCUCGGAUUAUUCUGUUUUCUAUUCUUCUUAUGCGUGGCAAAAGAGGACGUGUAUAUUAUACCACAAACUAACCCGUGUUUGCUAUAUUUAUUUACGUAUACUUUCUUAUUGGAGAGUGCAGAUUGACUAGCUUUCGCUUGCUUUGGUGUGAAAAUGUAUUUAGGUGGCUUGAUUUGAAGAAGUUUAAAAUCGAGAAAAAUAAAUACAAUUACAAUACGAAUACGAGUCUCGCUCGAAUCCACCUAAAGAAAUAUGUCGAAAAUCCUAUAAAAAAAAAAAAAAACAAACUACAUUUGGUUUGCAAUUUCAUCGAAAACAUACAACAAAUCAGAAAAACAAAAUAAAAAAACAAAAAAAAAAAACAAAACACUGCAACGAUGGAAUAAAAAAAUAAGACAACAAAUGGAAAAAGGACAGAACCCAAUGAAUUAACAACAAGUUGACAAUUGGAAAAUAAAUACUAAAGAAAAAUGAUUUUUACAAGUCGAAACCCCUCACGCACAGAGUUUGCAUAAUAUUCUUUAAUGUAGUAAUACUUUAUAUUCUUGUCAAUCAUUGUAGAAAGCAUCUCUAAGAAAACUAAAAAAAAAAUUUUAAGAGAUACAAAAAAUUAACAAGAUAAGAGAUAAUGGAUGAUGAGAUUUUAAAGACAGUCCAUUCAAUAUUCGGAAAAAGUGUACAAAUAGUUGAUUGUGAGAAAACUUCAUCGGUUCGUCAGGAAGAAGUUUUACUUAUCAAUGGAAUUCCAGUUACCUUAGACGGACACGAUGGCGAAGAAAUUAAAAAUGCACUUCUAACUGGUCAGGUACCAUCAGUUGAACUAUUAAAUCAAUUACUUUAUCAAGCUGGAAUCUUGAAACAAUCUGUUCAAUUGGAAACAUCAUUGUCAGUUAAAUCGUCCAUGAUUACAACUGAAGAAGUUUCAGUUGCACGUGGCGGUCAAAUAGUUGAUGGCCGGACGAGUGAAACUAAAGAAGACUAUGCAUAUAGCAGUUCAAAAAAAGAAAUUUGGAACCCUAUUACAACAGCAACAACAACAACUAAGAUAACUACAACAGAAACUAUGUCAAAUACGCCAAGGUUUCGAUUGGCACCUGAGCAAUCAAGUAGUCAGUCAACAUCAGCACCAACAUCAGGCUUCACAUCCACAUCGGAUGGUGCUAUCGGUGGACAAUAUGAAAAAGGUUGUAGUCCGACUUCUGUGACUAUAUAUGAACCACUAAUAUCGGUGGUGAGCCAACAACCUUCAUCGGCAUCGAAUUUUACAAAUGAAUCAUUAAGUAGUCGAAGUGGUAGCAUUGCUAGAAAAUGCCAUUAUAAUUACGAAGUUAAAGACAAUGACUAUCCAGAUGAGGAUGAAGACGACGAUGACGACGAUGAUGAAGACGGGGAAUUGUACUUAUUGAAUCCACCACAGUAUAGUGGAUGUGCUGUGUCAGCAGCAGCAAAUGCAACAACGACAUCUACUCCACCAUUCAAAAACAGAUUACCACCAAUUAGAAAUACCACUACAACGAUUUCCAAUUCCUCAACUACAACUGCCAACAGCAAUGACGAUUUAUUGCGAAAAUAUCAAAAAGCCCCAUCAUUGCAAUCUGGACGCAAAUCCAGUCUAUUAAGUUUUGAUUCCGGUCACGAUGGUGUCUUCCACAGUCCAUCGCAGCAAACAUAUAAUAAUCAAUCUGCACCAGUACAACAACUUACAACAAAUAAUACCGAUCAUUCAAUAUCGUCUUGUUAUGAUUUUAUUAGUUCUGAUGAAGCUGAUUUUUUAACUGCUACAAAUAAUAGCAGCAGUAAUAUGGGUAAAUAUUGUGAUACAAAGUUCGCAACGCCAGAGAGAAACUAUGCCGACUUACAACAACUGCGGGAACAGUCGUCAAAUUUUGCUAAGUCAUCUUAUGAUAAAAAUGUAAAAAGCCCCACUUUGGGUAAAAAACCGUCAAUGUCAUCGAGUAGUUGUGUAUCAAUUAAUCCGUUAUCAUCACAGCCAAAACAACAACUACAGCAGCAGCAGCAGCAACAUGGAGCAAUUAAUAAAUCAAAUCCAUCAUUAGAUGAUGUUGAUGAUGAUCAUGCUGCUGCUUCUGCUGAUAUAUCAGCCUCUACAGCGAAAAUAUCAUCAUCUAAAAUUUCAUCAACAACAUCUGUGGAAAACGGUUUAGUAUUUCGAGAUGGAAAUCUCAUAUCGGGUCCAUUGGAUGCGCUUAUAGCGCACAUGGUACCCUCAGCUCAAUACUAUCCGGAUCGAUCAUUUAUAUUUUCGUUCCUUUUGAGUGCUCGUCUCUUCAUUCGACCGCAUGAAUUACUUGCUAAAAUAUCAGAUACUUGGGAAAAUCAACAACAACAGCAAAUCGUCCAGUCGAUUGAUGUUGUUGAUGAAAAAUAUUCGUCGCAUCAGCAGCCGCAAAGUAUGUGUGGUAGUGGUGGCAAAUUACAAAUGUAUCAAUUCCCCGAUGAACAAAUGCAUCAAAAGGCAAUGAAAUCUGCUCAAAAUUGUAUUCAGCUACUGUCUGAAUGGAUUGAUACAUUUCCAUAUGAUUUCCGCGAUGAACGCCUAAUGCAACAUGUUCGAGUUUUGGCCAGAAAGUGUGUUUACAUCGAUAAUAGUCUUGGGAAGACAGUUUCGAGUAUCUUACAGCAAUUAGUUCAACGACUUACAGUGCUUGAAAAAUACGAAGAGUUCCUUCAAACGCUUACAGCAAACGAAACCAACGAACAACAAACAAACGAAGACUUAGCCGCCACACACCAAAAAUCAUAUUUAUCAGUAUCACAUGGUGGUGGUCACACUAAUAGUGGCUAUGUGCAUGCCAGUUCAACAUCUUCAUCUAAUGACCGCGAAGACUUAAACAGUUCACUGUUGACAGAAUCUGCAAAUGCUAAUUCCCAAGCAACAGGUUCCUCUUCUUUGGUGGGUAUGCCUCCUCAUAAGUCAUUGUCAUCGUCUUAUACCACUGCCUCGGGAACUUGUCAUCAACAUCAAUCUGUUCAUCAUCAUCACCAUCACCAUCAUCAUCAUCAUAGUCAGCAAAGUGAUAGUUCUUCGAAUUCAGUAAAUACUCUUGGGCCAGGUGCAGGAGGUGGAGGUGGAGGAUUGGGCAUCAGCAUAAGUGGAUGCACGAGUUCGAGUGCAGCAGCUAGUAAUGGUGCUGAAUUGACAGGUAUCUGCGAUAUAUGUCCAAAUGCAGCUCUCUUAGCACAUCAACUAACACACAUAGAACUCGAAAGGCUGUCGCAUAUUGGUCCAGAAGAAUUUGUUCAAGCAUUUGCCAAGGAAAAUCAUUUGGAAUCAUUUAGUGAUAUGAAGAAAACAAGAAAUUUAGAAUCAUAUGUACAAUGGUUCAAUAGAUUGAGCUAUUUUACUGCAACUGAAAUUGUUAAAUAUCCAAAGAAGAAACAGCGUGUUCGAAUUAUUGAAUUUUGGAUUGAAACUGCACGUGAAUGUUUCAAUAUAGGAAACUUUAACAGUCUUAUGGCAAUUAUAGCUGGUCUUAAUCUUUCACCAAUAUCCAGAUUAAAAAAAACGUGGUCAAAGAUACAAUCAGCUAAAUUUUCAGUACUUGAACAUCAAAUGGAUCCAACUAGUAAUUUCAAUAGUUAUCGAUCGACUUUAAAGGCAGCUAUGUGGCGUUCUGAAGGUGCUACAAACGAACGCGAACGUAUAAUCAUUCCAUUUUUCAGUUUAUUAGUUAAAGAUUUGUAUUUUCUAAAUGAGGGAUGUUCAAAUAGAUUACCAAAUGGACAUAUAAAUUUUGAAAAAUUUUGGCAACUUGCUAAGCAAGUUAUGGAAUUCAACACAUGGAAAAAAGUCACUUGUCCAUUUGAGAAAAUUCCAAAAGUGAUAAUGUUCCUACAAUUGAGUACAGUACUCAAUGAGAAUACGCUAUCUAUGGCUUCGUUUGAAUGUGAACCACCCGAAAAUACUCAAGAAAAAGGAAGGUAUAAGACGCUAAAAUCUGAAACCAAACAACAGCAACAGCAGCAAACGUAGUAAGGAAUCAUAAUCAAAAACAAUCAAUUGGUUGCCAUAGGUAUUUUUACAUAAGCCACAAAGAAUAAAUCAAACAAACAAAAAACGAACACGUUAAUAGAAUACACAAGUGUGUGUAUAUUUGAGUGGAGGAUAAUUUUUAAUGUAGCUUUCUUAGCAUUUUUUUAGUGUUUUUUUUUCAUACACAUUAUAUUUUGUUCUUUAUUCAAAACUAUGGAGUGUGUUUUGGUGAGAAAUCGCAACUCAGUCAAUUAAAAUUUACAACGCAGUAAAACAAAUAAUCGUUUUUUCUUACAUUAAAUCGUUAAAUACUUAAUUAAAAAAAAAAAAAAUAAAAUUUGGGGCACGACAUGGCAUACGUGCGACACCCCAUGUAAGGGCUUAGUUAUAGCUACCAGUAAAAUCCAUCAGUAAAAAUUCUGUUUUGCUAUUUUGAAUACUUUAAGAUUCUAAUUUAUGCAAAAUAUUGUUGAAAUAAAUUAAAAACACAUUUUCACUAACUUUUUGAAAAAGAAGCAAUGCUUUUUAUAAAUUUUACUGGUGAAAUUUGACUUUACUGAAAAGUAAAAUUUAUAAAAUGGAUUUGUGACUAAAAUAUAACACCAAAUGCAUUGCUUCUUUUUGAAAAAAAAAAUAGUUAAAAUAAGCUUUCAACUUAUUUCAUCAAUAUUGUGCUCAAAAUAAAAGUUGAAAUUAUUCAAAAUAGUUAAACAAAAUUUUUACUGAUGAAUUUUACUAAUAGCUAGAACAGAGCCCUAAGAGCAAAGCCUAGUGACUACUAACUCCCAAGCAUUAUUGCGUGCAUGUAAUUAAUUUACAAAAAUAGCAAAUAAUAGCUUGCAAUUAAUGAAAAAAACAGCCAGGACAGUUUUUAUUUUAUACUAAGCUUUGCAAAUUUCUCAGUAAAACACGCCAACGAAAAGUAAGCAAAAACUUUUCACUUUCCAUAGAGAAAAAAUGUAAAACGACCUUGGCACUAUUCACAAUCACUUAGUUACAAAAAUAAACAUAAACGCAGCAAACCUUUAUCAGUAUAAUUAUCAUUUGUUUCAGAGACUUGAUUCAAAUUACGCGGAAAUUCAAUACUAAAGGAAAAAUUUAGUCUAAAUGCACAAAUAAUUGAACAUAAGUUCAAAGUUUUGGCUCGAACCAGAAUGAAUAUUUCGAAUGUGCAUAAUUCGUUUGCUUAUUUGACAUUAAAUUAAAUAUAACCGAAUUUUGAAUUUCUUGUAUCAUCUUUAAGAAAAAAAAAUUGAUAUAUGGAUGAUCUCGUAUGAUUCCUAUGGCUUUCGAAAAAAGUAACCCAAGUUUGAAUGUGAAGAUGUGUUCGAAGUCGAUUUUGCAUUUUUCAUUUUGUUUUAACAAUAAUCAUAAUGUAGCUAUCUAGACGCAAAAUAUAUGUUAAAUUAAAAAAGAAUAUUGAAAAUCAAGAAAAAAAAA